AGAGGGUUGAGGGAUUCUAUCAGAAUGCCCGCAUAAACAUAUGAAUGGAUGAAUGAUGCUGCCUCGGUGCAUCUCUGUAUAACCCGCUCACACUUCCACUGUCUCGGACUGUAGUGCGUGACUGCAGAAGCGCUGCUGCCCUGUCGGCUCAUUUCGGCUCCUGGGGACUCGCUUUCACCGGAUCGCUCCUAUAACCAGUAAGCUUUUUGUGUAAAGCAUGUGGACAGUUCGGGGGUCCAGUGCCGUAUCGAGCAUGGACCCCCUGACUGCUGAAUCGCACCCCAUGCCGCAGGACGAGCGCAACCAGACGUUCAGCGGCCGCCUCGGAGCUACCGGCGGGGAACAGGGCGAGCUGCGGCGGGACUGUGAGAGGGAAUGCGGCCGGGACGAGGCGACCACAGACGGCUUCACUGACGGAGAGGAUACGCUGGAGGAGAAACUGAAAUGUCUCGCUUUUAGGAAACAGGUCUCGUACAGGAAAGCCAUAUCCCGCUCGGGUCUGCAGCACCUGGCUCCGGUUCAAAAGCCCUUACCCUGUGUGACUAACGGUCCCGCCAAGGAGCUGCGAGCUACGGUUGACUGGAGUGAAAAUGCCAUCAAUGGGGAGCAUCUGUGGUUGGAGACCAACUGCUCUGGAGAGCUUUGUUACCUGGGCGAAGAGACGUGCAUGGUCAAGAUUUCAAAGUCGACUCCCCGAAGAAAGUGUGCAGCGUGUAAGAUCGUUGUUCAUGUGGCCUGCAUUGAGCAGCUCGACAAGAUCAACUUUCGUUGUAAGCCUACAUUUAGAGAUGGAAAUUCUCGAAGCCUCCGUGAUAAUGUAUUGAGACAUCACUGGGUCCAUCGACGACGGCAAGAGGGAAAAUGUCGCCAGUGUGGUAAGAGUUUCCAGCAGAAGUUCUUCCACAGUAAGGAGAUCAUUGCUAUUAGCUGCUCGUGGUGCAAGCAGGCUUUCCACAACAAGGUGACGUGUUUCAUGCUGCAACAGAUCGAGGAACCUUGUACACUUGGUGCUCACGCCGGGGUCAUUGUACCUCCCUCCUGGAUUAUUAAAGUCAGGAAACCGCAGAGCUCGUUCAAAAACUCCACACGAAGGAAAAAACGGACCUCAUUCAAACGAAGGACAAGCAAAAAGGGCACGGAUGAGUCAAAAUGGCGUCCAUUUAUGCUGAAGCCUGUGCCUUCACCAUUAAUGAAGCCGGUGCUGGUGUUUGUUAACCCUAAGAGUGGAGGCAAUCAGGGGACCAAGCUGCUGCAGAUGUUCAUGUGGAUUCUGAAUCCUCGGCAGGUGUUUGAUCUUUCCCAGGGUGGACCUAGAGAAGCGUUGGAAUUGUAUAGAAAAGUGCCAAAUCUUCGCAUCCUUGCCUGCGGAGGAGACGGCACGGUGGGCUGGAUCCUCUCUGCUCUGGAUGAUCUACAGAUGAACCCUCAGCCUCCUGUUGCUGUGCUUCCUCUUGGAACAGGAAAUGACCUCGCCAGGACACUUAACUGGGGAGGAGGUUACACAGAUGAGCCAGUAUCUAAGAUCCUGUGCCAUGUGGAGGAUGGUACAGUUGUACAGCUUGACCGCUGGAAUCUACAAGUGGAACGCUCAUCUGUCCAGCCUGAGGAGGGAACCCAAAAACUUCCUCUGAAUGUGUUUAAUAACUACUUCAGCCUUGGCUUUGAUGCCCAUGUAACACUCGAGUUCCAUGAGUCAAGAGAAGCUAAUCCAGAGAAAUUCAACAGCCGCUUUCGCAAUAAGAUGUUCUAUGCAGGGGCUGCUUUCUCAGACUUUCUCCAGAGAAGCUCCAGGGAUCUGUCCAAGCAUGUCAAAGUGGUGUGUGAUGGUACGGAUCUUACCUCCAAGAUUCAGGAGCUGAAGUUCCAGUGCAUUGUCUUUUUAAAUAUUCCCAGGUACUGUGCAGGAACCAUGCCUUGGGGCAACACAGGGGACCACAGAGACUUUGAGCCUCAGAGGCACGAUGAUGGCUGCAUCGAGGUCAUCGGCUUCACCAUGGCCUCUCUGGCAGCGCUGCAGGUGGGAGGUCAUGGUGAGCGGCUGCACCAGUGCAGGGAGGUGAUCCUGACCACUUAUAAGACAGUGCCGGUCCAGGUGGACGGAGAGCCAUGCCGUCUAGCACCAUCUACACUCCAUAUCACUCUCCGAAAUCAGGCCAACAUGGUGCAGAAGAGCAAAAGACGCACAUCCUUUCCACUGCUCAACGACAUUCAGAAAGUGUGCGCAGCUGAUCUGCGCCGCCUCUCUGCUCCCCCCGACUCUUUCUCAGGUCCUCAUGCAGUGCCUGAACGCCUGAGACUGCGUGUCAACCGCAUUCGCCUGCAAGAGUAUGAAAACCUGCAGCUAAACAAGGACCGACUGCGUGACAUCUCGGCCCCUGUUGGCAUUGUGGUGGUGAGAGGAGACUGUGACCUCGAAACAUGUCGCCUCUACAUUGACAGACUACAGGAGGAUUUGCAUCAGGCUCCCUCUGCUGGUCACAGAGUGCAUUAUCAGGAUGAGUGUGGAGGUUUAACUCGGCCUGCUUCUGCACAUAGACUCUCCACUAACUGGAGUUUCUUAGACUCCACAUCAGCUGACCGGUUUUACCGUAUUGACAAAGCUCAGGAGCAUCUGCACUUUGUGACUGAGAUUUGUCAGGAUGAGGUGUUCAUCCUGGACCAUGAGGCAGCACCGGAGAGCCAGGCCAAAGUACCAGAAAUGCCUGAUGUGGUGGUGGAGCCAAAGUCAGGUGUUUCCCUGACAACAGAGAACCAAGUUUUGCUGACUGCAGCGAGCUCAGGGGAUUUACAGAUGUUGUCCAGUUUGUGCAGUAGUGGUCUCAGUCUGUUGGUUCGGGAUCUGGGUGGUCAUUCAGCUUUACACCUGGCAUCUCAGAAUGGCCACGCUGAGGUAGUGAGCUUCAUCCUGCAAAAUGUAUCAAGGUUGAUCCUGGAUUUAACUGAUAAGGAAACAGGAGACACAGCAUUGCACAAAGCUGCACGACAGCGUCAUCAUGAAGUCUCUCGACUUUUGAUAGAGGCUGGAGCUUCCUCCAACAAAAGCAACUUUUUAGGAAAAACUCCAAAGGACUGUGCGCAAGAAGCUGGAGACUCUGAUUUGGCCUCCUACCUAGACAGUCAGGUGUCCCAACAGUCGGCUGCACAUGAGGAUCUGGAGACAGCAGUGUGAAGAAGUCUUGAGCAGACUGGUUAUUCUUACAGAGCUUGGCUUUCAAACCUAAUGAAAGUACCAGAGUCCACUUUCUCACACGCACGGAGGGAACAGUAAAGUUACAGAUUUGAGUUGCAGAGGUGAAAGGUCGUAGAAAUGACCAGAACUAGCACCGUAGUGAGAUGGACCUCGACUUGGGAGCAGAACCAUGGUGAAAAAGAGAAGGUGGCCGGUGCCGCCUUGGAAUCACAGUGGCUUUAGGAUGGUUUUAAAUAGAAUUGUGUUGGUAUUUAUUGCUUUUAUUUAUUAAUUUAUUUAUUUUUUAAGAUUGAUUGUAAUUUUUAGGAGACAGGGGUUUCCUCUUACAAGACUGGUGUAGUAUGGUGAGCAAGUGACCCACCAUGAAGAAGGCACAGUUUGUUUUUAUUUCACAAAUGGUGGCCCUUGAGGCUUUGAAAAGUUGUCUUUAAUUAAUUAAAGAGGCACAAAAGCCAGUCUA